AUGCCGAUGGUCACCUCGGCCGAAACACCCCGCAACUAUUGCAACUCAAAAGCCGAAGAUCAUCAAGAUGAGCAGAGAUUCAACAGGCUUUGGGGCUGGGAACCUACACGAGUCCGCCGAUUACCCCUCUCAGCUCCUGCUUAUGCGGGGCUACUGCAGGAGGCCAUCACGUAUGCCCCUGAAGACAUCUCGGCUUUAUAA